AUGAAUUUCUAUUAAAUAAUCUUAAAGUAAGUAGUAGAUAACUAAAAGUAUAGGCUUAUUCUCCAUCCUUAAAAUAUAAUAUUUAUUUAGCACUUAAUUACUUCUGCCACUUUACACUUGAUACCAAUAAAUUAAAGCUUAGUUUUUAGGGUAGAAAAUGAUAAGUUUAUCAUUGAAUAAAAUCUUCCUCAAAUAAUUAAACUAGAAUUUGUGAAUUUUAAUAUUGAAAAAUUGCUUGUUUAGCUAACUAAAUUUUAAAGGCAACACUCCAUAAAUAUGAUUGAACAUAUUAAAAAUAUGGAUUAAUUUAAAUAUAUAUUUCAGAAGUACAGUAUAAAAUAGAAGACUUCAUGCAAAGUAAAAUCUGUUUGGAUUAAUUGGGAAAAGCAAGAAUUGAGAUGGAGUAAUGAGAAUUAAAUUUCUUCCUCUUAUUCAAAAAUUAGUUUAAGGGAUAUCACUGAUAUUUAGUAUGGAUUUAAAAGCUAGAAUUUAUAAAGAUAUAGAUUUUAUCCAGGAUUAAAGUUUGAAUGUUGUCUUUCUAUUUAUUAUAUGAUUUAAAGUUAGGAAUAAUGUCUAGAUUUCUCUACUUAAAGGUUUAUUGAUUUGAAAUAGUUUUUAUAAAUAUUACAGGACAUACUAGUCUAUAUAAAUCAUCCAGUCAGAUCUUAUAUCACAAAUCGUCAGUUAUGUUUUUCAAAAGCGAAAAUGAAAUUAAUGCAGUAUGCAAACUAAAAAGAAAAGCUUACCCUAAAUACAUAUUUAAAGAAUAAAAUAUUUAAUAGGAUAGCAAGAUCUUUGGUUAAUUAAGAAGAUAUAGUAGCAAAUAAAGCUUUAAAUAGAGAGAAUGAUGUUUAAUACAUUGAAUGGAAAAGUUCAAAUAUUAAUUUAAAUUAGUUUAAGGUAGAUUAGUAAAAGUCUUAAAACUAAAACACAUAUAAAAGAGUUUAGUAUCAAUAUAACGAAAUUUAAACGGUAGGUGCAGCUAAUAAAAUUAAUAAUUCAGAAGCUUCAGAUUUUAAAAAGAUUCAAUCUCCUAUAAAUGGAAGGAUAGAACCUUCAAACACUAACAAAAUACUCUUUUAAAAAGAUACUUUAAAUGAUUCUUAUAAGAAUUUAAAGAAAGUAAUACAGUUAAACACCUCAUAAUAAGACAGAUUCUAAGAACAAAAAUAUAGAAAAACGAAAUACCCAAAUAGAAAUAUUCACUUAGAUUUUCUUCACACUUCGGGAUCUAACAAGAGUUUAAGUGUAAGCGAAAAAAGUAUUUUAAAUCUUACAAAUGGAUUACUUAGUCCUGAAAUACAUAAUAAAAUAAAACAGAAAAUAAAAAUUAGCAACUAGAUUCCUAGUGGGAAUAUAAUAUAGAGAUAUAUAAAGAGCAGCUUGUAAAAGCCAAGAUAAGAACAAAUAAGAAUUUUAGAUUAAUUCCAAAGCGAAAAAAAUGAGUACUAAAGUGUUUAAACAAGUGAAGCAGAUUAAAUCCAAAGCUUAAAAUUAGAAAUAAAAGAAUUAUCAUAAAAAAUAGAUGAAGUUUCUAAGCAAAAAAUCAGUUUAGAAUAAAAUCUAAAGUUAUGUAAAUCAUAGUUGUUGAAAGAAAAAACACUAAAUGCUGCUUUGAAAGAGUAGCUAGUUGCUUUUAAAAAUGGCAAUUAAACUUUAGAUUUAACUUUAUCUCCUAUUUAAAAGCCAUUUGUUAUGCAAACUACAAUCUACUCGCCUUCAAGUACUCUUAUAAAGAAUUAAUCAAAUAAAUAAUCUGAAGAUGCUUAAUUAAUACAGAACCUACAAAGACAGAUACAGCAAGAAAGAUAAUAGAAUUCUUAACUUAAUUCUUAAAUCUAAGAUUUAAAAUCUAUUUAUAAAUCAGUUAUUUCAACUCAAACAAAAACAAUUAAAGAUUAAAUCAAAGGACUUUAAUCCUGUAUUGAAGACAUAUCAAUAAAAUAAAUUGAAUUAAAAAAAGAUUUUGGUGCUUCCAUCUCUCAAGUAAAAAAGAUAUUCUCAUUUUUAGGUAACUAAAUAGUUGAUUCUGAAAGAAGAGCGUUGUAACUAGAGAAGGAAAAGGAGGAUCUUAUGGUUUUCAUAGAUUAGUACAUAAAAGAUACAAAAUGGAGUCGAAAAUCUUUAUCAUUUUUAGAAGAAGAUAAAACAACAAAUUACAGUACAAAUUGA